AUGGCAAAGCGCUUGUUGGACUCUCCUCCAAGCUUCAUGUGGUGGGCACGGGAUGAUAUCGAACUCACCGAACCAAAUUCAACAAGGCCUUCAUUCAUGAGCGAAGAUAUCUCAGUAGUUAGCGACACCGUGAUGAUCACGCUGCCAACCGGAGGCACCACGACACCUCUCACUCCAACUACGACAAAUGGGCCACCGAUGACGCUGUUCUCAGGUGGGGCAUCGCCGGAUAUCCGCCACAAGAUAGAAAAUGCAUCCCCUACAACAGCAAGACAUGUGGCUAUGAGGAUGUAUCAGAGCAUGAAAAAACACGGACUGAGAGAAGAGGCCACCAGGGUGGUUGCUCAGGAUGACGAGGAGUAUUCGACGGAGUUGGGAAGAAAGAGUGAGAGUCAGGAGCUGCUUGGGAUGGAGUACAUGUUAAGGGACGGUUUCGUAAAUUAUCUACGAGAUAUGGUCAAAAUCACUCCUCCAAUACCCCAACAGGUCCCAGACUGGAAAACUCACCUGCGAGAUUUUGUUUCAGGGAGUGGAAAGAGCACUCUCCUUGAAGUGCUAGCAGGGAGAGCCAUAGUGUCCAAGAAUGUUAAUGUGCAGGGAGCAGUCACAUAUAACGACAAGCAUGCCUCCCAGAUUUGUCUCAGCAGACUGAUUGCUUACAUAAGCGGCCAGCCAAACCAGCACAUUCCGUUUCUUACAGUUCGUGAGACACUCGAGUUCGCAAGGGAUUGCACUCAGGGUCUUCGGCCAGAAAACUUCACUCCUCAGAUGAGGAAAUUCUUCGCACAUGCACUGGUGGAGGGGCAAGAUCCAUUCCUGGAGUAUGUGUUGGAGAUUUUGAGGUUGAAGGAUUUAGAGCACAAACUUACAGGAGAGGCCUCUGACAGUGAUCGCCAGAAGCUGACAACAGCUGAGUUGGCUCUCGGAACAUAUUCUGUCAUGCUAUAUGAUCAGCCGAUUUCUGGGUCUGAUCUGGCUGCUACAUACAGGCUGGUCGACACUAUAAGAACCGUUAGCAGGAUUCAGCAAUCAUCUGCAGUCAUGGCUCUGACUCAACUAUCACAAGAUGUGUUUGAUCUGUUUGACAGAGUACUAUUGCUCCGUGAAGGACAAGUUCUGUUCCAAGGACCUCGUCAGGAUGCCAUCCCUUACUUUACCAAACUCGGGUAUGCCAAACCGUCACAUGUAGAUUGCUACGAGUUCCUGGAAGAUAUUGCAGCAGGGAAUGGUUCACAAUACGUGCCACCAGGAGCAUCACCCUAUACACUAGAGGAUCUUGUGGACUGUUACAGGGCUUCAGAUCACUAUAAGGAUAUCAUGAGAAUAAUAGCCUCAAAAGAUGUCAAGCAAACAUACUGGCUAGAAAGCGAACCAGGGCUUGGAUUAUCCCUCAAAAGACCAGCCAAGUACCAAUCCUCAACUGACAGAGCACCAAGACGAGAAACAGAACUGGUAGUUACCAAGCUCUCUAAGAAAGUAGGACAUUCAGGGGGUAUCAGGAGUACAGGAAGAGUGCAAGUUGGGGAUGUGGUAACCGCAAUAUCACUGAAUAAAGAAGAAAUGAUUUAUCUAUCAGUUGGACACCAGAAGGUUCAGAAAGACCGCACCAUACAUGUACACUCCAUACUGAAGCAGACAAGACCCCGCAUUCGUCUCCAAGUUGAGCGCGAAAAAGAAGAGGCACUAGUAUAUGCUGUUUGUCUCUAUUUUCAAGCUGGCCUAUCCCUGGCAGGAAAUGGAGUGCCACUCUUCACAUAUUUAGCCCUUUUGUUCUUGGUAGCUUUCUUCGGAUCAUCAUUGUUCUUCUUCCUGAGUGCUCUAUCUUCGAUUCCAGAAGUAGGGAACGCUUUGGCAGGUCUACUAGUCUCAACCUUCCUACUUUUCAGCGGCUUUGUGAUCUAUCCAUCAAAGAUCCCAACCUACUGGAAAUGGCUUGUCCAUGUGAACCCAAUUCACUGGGCCAAUGUUUCAUUCUGCCGACUUCAGUUUCUCGAGGGCUACACAGAUCCGUGUUCUGAUUACCUAGGUCAUCUACCCUACUGUGAUCAGUUCCCAAGAAUGACAGUUGGAAAAGCAUACCUGAAAUUCUAUGAACUAUCUGGAGAUACUGGGAGACCCUGGCUGCCAUAUACCAUUCUAUUGGGAUGGAUAGCCAUGGUCAAUUUCUUAGCACUGCUGGGGCUAAAGAAGAUAGAAUUCAGAGGAAUAAGCCAGUCAUUGCCCCAUCUCAGAAGAAAUGCACGAGUCAUCAGCAAAUAUGCAGAAGACAAGCAAGAAGAAUAUGGGACAGACACCAGUCAUAGUGAGAACUCUACUGACAUCAGUACUUCCAUGCAUGCUUCGUAUAGCUACAGGACAGAAGUAAGUGACGAGGUAAAUGACAUAUCCAAGGAGGAAGUUCUAGUUGACGUACGAGGAAACAUGCUUGACAUACCUGUCAAGAGAGUUACACUUCUGUUUGAAGGCCUGACCUUCACAAGGCAUAAUGAAGUGACCAAAGAAAGUGUAUCAGUUUUCAACAACAUCACAGGCUUCGUUAAACCCCAGCAGAUGGUAGCCUUAAUGGGUGCGACAAGAGCAUGCAAGACAACACUGUUGAAAUGCCUUGCUGGUAGAGUGCCUCUCAUUGGGGAACUCAAAGGCAACUUACACACAAGUGACGUAAGGGCCAGUGCUACAUUCUCCCGGUUAGUAGGAUAUGUUGAACAUGUCGAUGCCCACCAACCAUUCCUUACAGUAAGGGAAUCCCUUCAAUUCAGUGCCGCACUCCGCCUAGGAAAAACAAUAGACUCCUUGAAUUCUCGCGUUCAUGUUGAAUUAGUCCUCAGCCAACUGAAUCUGAUAACCUAUGCCAACCAACUUGUUGGUUCUCUACGUGGCAACACAGGGAAGACUUACGAAAUAGCCAAAAAGAUUACCAUUGCAGUUGAACUGGUAGCAAAUCCAAGCAUUCUUCUUCUUGAAGACCCAAUAUCUGGCCUUGAUAGUGCAGGGAUUUGGAGCAUCCUCAAUAGUCUCUCUAACGUUGCAGAUUCAGGAAGGGUCAUCAUUGCAUCUCUCACACACCCUAAUGCACGCGUUCUGUCAUCCUUUCACAUGGCCCUCGUCCUAACAAGAGAAGGCCAUCAAGCAUACUUUGGUCCUGUCGGGCAUCACUGCCAAGCGUUGCUGGGAUAUUUUAAGUCCAUCCCGAAUGCCCCUCAUUACUCCAGGAGAGUAAGCCCAAUUAGCUUUGUGAUGGAUGCCCUUGGAUUGGGUAUGGAAGAAGCUUCACAAGCUCCUGCAUUAGAUUAUGCACAGAUUUAUCAAUCCAGCUCUUUGCAGGAGAUCAACAACAAUGAAAUCUGCACAAUAAAGACAUCAAUCAAGGGCAGCAAGUUAGAGGAUAUACCUUCAAAUUAUCCUGCUCCAUAUUCAACACAAGCUCUUUUGGUACUUCUGAGAACACAGAGAUUCUUGUGGAGGAAUGUGCAGUAUACGUUUGGUAGACUGACAGGCUGCAUCGUGAUUGGUCUAUUGAUGGGGUCCUUAUACUAUCAAGUAGAAUACAAAGACACCUUUGGAGCUACGUCGCGUUCACUAUACAUAUACAUGCAAGUUAUUCUCAUAGGUGUUAUCUCAGCCAACAACGUGAUUCCCCAGCUCGGAACAGAUAGGUUAGUCUACUUUCGGGAGAAAAGGGCAAGAAUGUACCUUCCAAUAUUCUAUCCAAUAUCAUGGGCAGUGGGGGAGAUUCCAUACUUUCUCAUGGCUACAUUUGCAGUUAUGGGGAUCGGAAAUGGCAUGGCAGGAAUUGCAACUGAUUCCAUGAGGGAGUUCCUCCUAUAUUGGUUAGUGCUCUUCAUAUUCACCCUUUGUGUGACCUACUUCGGGAUGAUGAUCACUUUCCUAGCACCAGCACCAGUUCUUGCAGCAUUUGUGGUGUCAAUUGUGACAUCAAUUUGGGUUUCGGCUUCUGGAGUGGUUGUUUUGUUCUCGGACAUAAGGUUCUAUAAGUGGAUGUACUGGAGCAACCCAUUCCAGUAUGCCAUGAACAUGAUGACCUCUCUCAGUUUCUACUGCAACACAAAGGCUUGCAACACAACAGGCUGCUCCUGUCCCAAAUUCUCAGAUGGGUCUUACGUGUGGGACAGGUUAGCAUCAAUAAGAAGCUUGAGUUAUGAGAGAAUGGAGACAGACUUGUCGAUAUUGGCUGCAAUGUCUCUGCUGUUUGCAAGUCUAGCGUUCAUACUCUUUGUUGUACUAAAGCAUAACUCAUUGCCCCAGUGA